AUGGCCAUGACUACUGUCCGGCUCGCAUUUUCAUAUCUUUUAAGCCCAUCAAGCCCCAAGGUGGUGGGAAAUCCUCCUGUCAAGGUGUCUGAGUCUCUUAAGAAGCAACGCGUAUUCCAUGCAUCGCAAAUCCCUGCCUGGAUGCAAUGGGACCCCUAUAUCCUUCACGGGUAUCGGGGUCAGUUAGACAGCUAUGGACAGUGUUUCUGGUCUUUGUUCUACCUACAUAAUGAAUCAGUCAAUACUUGGUCUCAUAUCAUUCCUGGCAUGUACUUUCUCACAUUGCUUCUCGCAAUCGACUAUUGGAUCAUUCAACUGCCGCUCGAGGUGCCUGUAAUGGAUAUUCUUGCUAUCCAGACCUACGUUGCUGGCACGGCAGGAUGCCUGAUCUUUUCUGCCGCAUUCCAUGCCACCAAUGCUCAUUCACCUGAAGUCGCUCACGCCUUCUUGAAGCUUGACUAUCUGGGGAUUGUCAUGACCAUUACAACCACAUGUAUCUCAGUGACCUAUUUUGCCUUAUACAGCUAUCCCAUCUUGCAGGUUACAUAUAUCUUCCUCACUGUGCUCUGUGCCGCCACAAUCUUUUGGGUUGCGCUAGAUCCCCGGAUGGAUGGUGCACGUGCUGGGCCAUGGAGGUCAGUAUUUGCCAUGCCACUUUUGGCUCUACAGCGUCCUGACUCUGCCAACCUUCUUUGUAGAGCAGCUGUAUUUUUCCUCCUGGCCACGAGUGGCUUAGCUCCCAUAUUUCAUGUCAUUUGGGCCGAGGCUUCUUACGGCCUAAUUCGCAUUCCUCUGGACAGUCUUACGGUGACCUGCUCGUCAUAUGCCGUCGGCACGGCAGUGUACGUCACCCGGUUCCCAGAAAGGUUUUGGCCAGCACGAUUCGAUCUGAUUGUAAGUUGA